UUUUAAAAAGGAAAGACUCCUCCAGCAGCGUUUCUAUCAAAAUAUUUACCUUCUAAAUCCUUGGACUAAACACCCACCUCAGGACUGGGCUCUUGGGUGGAAACCCUUCAAGCCAAGGGCCGUUGCUGUUUCUGUUUGUGGAGAGAGGCUGCUUAUUCCUCCCAGGGUGGUGGAGUUCAUAAAAAACCAGAAUAACAUAUGGGUUCCUCGUUUAAAGGCCUUUCUCUGAGGGGUUUGCAGGGGAUAAGCCCAGCUCAGUGUGUGUGAUGGUACAGUAGCCUGUUGUUACUGUUUUGUCUGUUUUAUUGUGGGGAUAGGAAGGGAAAUAAUGGGUUGUUAUUUGAUUUUUAAGGCCUCAUCUGUUCUCCCAGCAAUGUGGGAGCAUAAUGCCUUAUUUCCUAGCUGAGGAUUGAGUUACUCUUGACUUUGUCAAGGAGCUUCGUUGGGUUUUUUAGUGGCUUGUCUACAAAGGUGUGGGAUGCAAAUGUAGAGGGGUGGGAACUGGGAUGCAUCUCGGUGUUGUAUCACAGUAGGAUUCUUGUGCUGUUUGGAAAGGGGGAAACCGCCACGUUUGACAGCAUUUCCGUGGGGAUAAUUGUUGUAAGUGCUUCCAGGCAGAUCCUGCAGGCAGGGGAAGCUUGAUGAGUCUGCUGGAAUUCGGCACGGGACAGCUUCAUACGUGAAGGCUUUGGCACUCGGGAGCCAGAGGACACUAGAUAACCUUUCAGACCAUUUAGCACAGCAGGGAUUUCUCGUCAGAGGCCAUGGAGCUUUCGGCCAACGAGCUCAGCAUCUAUGACAAGCUCUCAGAGACGAUUGACCUGGUCAGGCAGACUGGCCACCAGUGUGGCAUGUCAGAAAAAGCCAUUGAGAAGUUCAUCAAACAGCUCUUGGAAAGGAACGAACCCCAGAGGGGCCCUCCACGGUACCCUCUCUUAGUGGCUCUCUACAAGGGCCUGCUCACUCUGGGGUUGGUCUUGCUGACUGUUUACUUCGUGAUCCAGCCCUACAACCCGCUGCCUCCCGAAGCUCCACUCUCCAGAGCCCAGGCCUGGGGCUCCCUCAUCGGCCACAUCCGGCUGCUCCCUCUGCCCAUUGCCAAGAAGUACAUGCUGGAGAAAUGCCAGGACUGGUGGGCAGCAGGUUGCAGACAGAACACUUCUGCACUUCCUGCAAACUGCACAGUCUGUUCUGCUGUGAAAAGCCUUCAGAUAGUGACAGACUUCAGAGAACUAUCAGAAAAGCUCCGGAGGCACCAGCCUUUUCUAAUCAAGACAGGGCAGCAUCUCUCUUAUGAAGAACUGAAGCAUUUCCAGUCCCAGGAUCCAGAACUGGCAGAGGUUAUAAUAGAAGAAAAUUCAGCCGAGUUGUGGAGCUGCCCAUUUUUCUUUCCCUGGAACAAAUCUGUGAAUAAAUCUCAGAUUCUGCAGGAAUUUUUCCGUGCAUCCUCUUUGCUGUCCUUCCCCAAGACAGUGUCCCUGGAGAGCUGCUUCCUCAUCCGCCAUCCAGAUUUGGGGAAUAAGAGCUACAGCCUGCACAGCCUCUUUGCUGUUGGAAGUGGGCAGCUCACCCUGACUGUUGCACCUCUGGACACAUGCAGAGGACACUGUGAGAUGUUCAAGGUGGAGCUGGAAGCUGGGGAUUUGGGUUAUGCCAGCACAGAUUACUGGACAAUGAGCUUCAUGGCCAAAGGGACAGAGCCAGCGGUGGUUUGUGACGGAGCUGCCAGCUAAGGACAGAGGGGAGGGAAAAUAGAGCUGUUCCCAGGACAAGAAGACUUUCAGCUUUGAAGCUGAGGCAACAUUUUGAGAGCGAGCUGGGGCAACUGGGGCAGGCAGCUUUGCCACCCUGCAUGUUUACAGUGUUUAAAAAUGACUGUUUUCCUGACCCUCGAGGUAAUUCUUUGCCUUUCCUCAAAUGUGUUUUGGGAGAAGCUCAAGCUAUUUAUGACCUUCCCUGUCCCCUCAGGUAAGCCCUGAGUUUGCAGCAAAGGUUUUUUUUUCCAGGAACAGCAGAAGGAUUUCUCAGGAUGAGAUUCACCUUGUGUCCUUUGUGGAUUAUGGCACUUCUGAAACUUCCUGAGGGGGUUUGGGAGUGGAGGGGGUGUGUGACAUUUCUGUGUACAUUCCUCCUGAGGAGGAAGCUUUGAGCCUGUCUUGUCAGGCCAGUUCUAUAAAGGGAAUGAAUUGGUGAUGUGUCCCAGCCUCACCCCACCUCUCCCUCACAUCUAUGGCUGUGUCUCCCCCAAAGCUGAUCCCAGCUCUGUAUUCCCGGGCUGGGGGGAGCCUCGAGCCUGAGGGUCUCUGCCCCUUGCCCACUGUAUCAUUCUUGUACCAAAAGAAUCUCUUCAGGCCUCUCUGUUGUGAUCACUCUUGUGGUUCUCUAUCUGCAGGUUGUGAGUCAAAUAGUAACUGUGCUUUUUUUCUCUUCCACCUCCUUUCCUGCAAAAAGCACCGACACACGUGUUAGUGGUGCUGGGAGUGCAGGAGUUCUGGAUGGAGAUGGGGCUGGGAGCAGAGCAGCUCUGUCCAGGUUUCACCUGAGACACCAAGGGCUGCACAGCCAGUUUCAGCUCCUUGUUUUUGGAGGCACUGCCUGCAUUCCCAGCCCAGGGGACCUACGGGAGCACCUGGAAGCUCCCUCAUCCCUCAUCAUUUUUAUACCAACUCCUUCCAGACCUGGAGCUCUGUCUUCAGAGUGAAGGUUGGUUUUUCCUGGGUCCUUUCCAAGCUGCCUUUGCAUGUUUCCUGCUGCUGGAGCACUGCUGUCUCCAGUGCCCUGAGAGAGGCUCGGGUUCAGGGUUUGCAGGCUGCGGAUGCUGCCGUCCCUUCCAAGUCUGAUCCUCUGGGUCUGAUCCCGCUGCUGAAGAUCAUUUACAGAUGUGUCAGGCUGAACUCAUAGGCCAGGGCUGGGGUUCAGGACAUGCUCUCACACUUGUUAAUAUGGAACUGGGAGGGGUUUUGGUUGCAAGUGAGUUAACUCUGUUCUCAGGAGCAGGAGCCUUUCUCUCUGUAAAUAUUUUAGGUACGUGUGAAAUGACAGAUUGGAAAAAUGUCUGUCCAGCCUUUGUUUUUGAGAAAAAUGGGAGCAAACAUCGUACUAAUCUUAUUAGGGGCUGACAAAAGCCGCCAAGUGGGAUGACCAUGUCUGGCUCCUGUACAAGGAUAAGGCAAAGGACAGUUCCUGCUCCAAAGAAUUUAGUCUGAGGCCUUGACACUACAAACAUUUCUAUGCAUAACCCUUGUUUUUCUCCUGUCAAAACACUGAGAACAACCCCAGCACCUGUGUCAGUCUGUGUUAAUAACCCUCAGUGCUGGACCAACACACACACCAGAUGUAGUAGAACCAAAGGGGGAGAGUCUGACUCUCUCGGGAUAGAAAAGGACUGAUCUAAUUUGUAGCAAAAUAUUAAAGAGAAUUGGAUUAAUAGGACUUCCAUUAGUAUCCUCAUUGCUUGGGGUGUAUUUUACACUCAUGACACUACAUGCAAUCUUGUACAUGCCAAGACACACACACACCCCCCACACCCCCCUCCCUCCUCUUAAAACCUGGGUCUUAGUUAAUGGAAAUUUGGGAGUUUGGUGAUGGCAGAAUCAGGGCCUCGUUAGUGACUGUUGCUAUUUACACUUUGGCAGCUGCUCAAAUCGAAUUUAAAGGCUGACAAGGUUACUUCACCUCUCACUGGUUUUGUACCUGACCCGUUUUUGUAAAGCCCUUGCUCAGAGAUGCUGCUGGAGCCUUUCUUGCUGAGAUGGCGGCGGUUCGGUGACGCUGUCACUGCUAAGUGUCCUUGACUGUAACUUGUAAAAGAGCUGUGGAGACAAUUCCCAAGUGUCUGUGAAAUGCCUGGAUUCUGAGAGUCGCACUUAAGCCAUUGUGGCUGUCUGGCUCUUUCGGGAAGAGGCAGAGAAAAUGGAUCUAUUUACGGUUGCUGUUUAGAUUGGGGGAGGGAAGGAGGAGGAAAAGGGCAGGUUUGUGCCUGUUUAGCAGAAGUGUUCUCACGUAUAUCUUCUCCCCUCCUCAAAGAGUUGCAGCUGGUUGGACAGGAGCUGGUGAGUGUGGCCUGUGUGCAGAGCAGCUCUCCAAGUGCACUUUAUGGGCUCUGCAUAAGUUUCCAGCUCGGUGUCUGGGCGAUACAUUGCAUAUGUCCCAGCCUUGCUCCCUUCGGAGUUUACAUCAUUUGUUUUUAAGCUUUCCAGUAUAUUUUCUCUUCCUCUUCCAAAAGCUGUAAGGAAUUAGCUGCUAAACUAAAACAGGAGGGCAGUUCUCCUGCUGAUAAAGAGCCGAUUUUGGCUGAAGCUGCCAAGCCCCAGUCUGCAGCACAGCUUCCAGAGCAGCUCCUGUCUCCAGCUGCCAGAGGAGUGGUGCUCACACCUUUGGCUCCACAGACGAGGAGCCAGGUGGGAAACCCGGAGGUGAGGCCAAAGUGGCAAAAACUAGGAUGGCCAAAAGGAGGUUUUGAUACCUUUAGCUGCAAGUGAGCCCUGGUCGUGUUUCUCAUCCAGAGCUCCAGCUUUACAGAGCCCUUGGAAAGGCUGCAGGAGGCUGGGACUUCCCUAGAGAGCCUGCUGAGGCUGAACUGGGGGGAUGGGGCUGUUUCUGCAGCCAUUGAAGCAUCUUGGUGACAGACACGACCAGAUGAGUCACAGAGGGGGUGUCCCACCAUGGUCUCCCUCCCCUCAGCUGCCCCUUGGCUCUCGCUGUGCUGGUUUGGACAAUCCCCCACUCCCACCCUGCCCAGCUCAGAGGGGUUCCCAGUCAAUGUGUGCAUCCCAGUGUUUUAAAAUCCCUCUGUGCUUCAGAGCUCGUGUUCUCUGAGCCGGGAGAUGGAUUCCUGCUCACCCAACAAUCCCGGGGGCUGCAGAGCUGCUCUGAAAGCACACCAGAAAUCGGUACUACCCACAGGCAGAGAUGGGGAGGGGUCACCUCUCUCCCUUCCAGGCUGGAAAGACGAGCUGUGCCCCGUCAGCUGGGCAGGAGGAUCGUGGUUUAAAGCUGCUUCCCAAAGCAGGGGUCACUGACCGUUGCUCUCAGUCCUGAACUCAGGGUAAUUGAAAGGAGGAGAAAGGACUAUUAUGAUUUACUUCAGUACCAGGAAAUCAGCAGCCCCCACGGGAGCCAGGCUGACAGUUUCUAUUGAUUCUUUUUUUUUUUUUUGCUUUCUUUGUUUCUUUUCUGGUUUUUUCCUCCCCGCUGGCACUGCACACACGGAUUCCCCCAGGGCUCCCAGCCUCAGGCUCCCUUUGCAACGCCCUGGAGAGCUUUCUAGAGGCAGAUUUCCUGUGAGUCUCUGGACUUCUGCUUCUCCCUCUAGUCCUGUUUUUGCAACGUUCUGGUGGAGAAGCUGGUCAGACUGGGCUGGAUCAAAGCACCUCCCUUCCCUUGUGGCCUCCUGGGCUCCAACAGCAGGAGCAUCCCAAGCAAGAGGAGUUGGGAGCAGGACAUCUCAUGGUAGAGAUGUGAGCUCUGUAAACACCAGUGUCUCAGAAAAGGGAUCCUCCUGCCUCGAAACCCCCUGGUUCUCCUCGGUAAUGCUGCUCCAGGAGGGAAUUCUCCACAUCCACCCAAUUCCAGGCUUGGUGGUCCAUGUUCAACCCCAUGGUUUCUAAGAGAACCAAACACUUCCUGGGGUGAGGCCAUUUCAGUGGGUGCACAAAGAGCUUUUGCUUCCUGCAGACAAGACUUUCUCCUCUUGGUAAAUUUUAUAGGUAGAGCUCGAUAUUCUCCUCUUCAGGAACCUCCUCCUUUUAAAGGGCACAUUUAGUGUCCUGCUGAGUUAGACAAGGGAGAUGCUGGACUUCCCCUUUGCUGUGGACAUUCAAACAAAUGGCAGGUGAUUCAUUUUUAGCAUUAUCUCUUUGUCUUGGGGAGGGGAGCCACGUUCUAAAGGCUCAGGGGUGCUGGGAAGUAAAGCUAUAUAUGCAUAAAGACUUUCAAUGCUGAACACUAAAUUCAGUGGUGGAUUCAAAAAAAAAGAAUGUAAAUAUGCACUUAAUGCAGAAUUUUAUGGAUGGUCAUAAUUUAAUAUAUUGCAAACUUUGUAAAUACUUGGGAAAAGCCUGUAAAGUGUGUAAAUAAAUGAGAUUUGUAUGUAAGAAGAAUAAAAAAGUUUUUACUUUUUGCAAUUAAAUACAAGUGUUAAUGCA